GGCACCCGACACCUCCCCUUGGAAGGGACGCAACGAACAAGGAGAGGAGGCGAGGGCGAGCAGCUCCACCCCCCCCCCCCCAUCCACCCCGCCGAGCUUCCAGCGCAGGCUUCCAUGGUCUGAAUCCCACUCCGGGUCUCCAGCAAGCGGAGCAAGCGGGCGAGAAAGCCCUCGCGCUUUCCCCACACCCUUCGGCCCACUCAAACCCCGACGCCGGGGAGGAAGAGGAACCGGACCUGACCUGGCGGCGCUGGGCAUCCGAGGAACCCCCCCGCCCCGAAUCGCUCGCUCUCCGUUGCGGUAUCCGUCGAUCACACCGCUAUCAUGAGCAUCCUGGAAAACUUGCAUGCUUGAUGUACCCAGCUACUUCUGUUACGAAAAAUUACGGCGAUCAAGUUUAUUGAAGUAUUGACAGGAGGGUAGAAUCUGUUGGUCAGUUAUUGGUAUUGAGACCACUGGCACUUUCCUUGCAAUAGCUGUAGAACAAAUGGGAGAAGCACACUCAGACGAAUUUUGCCAGUGCCAGGGGUGUGUUGGCAAGUAUUCGCUACUCAGAGAUGAAGAAAACCCACGGCUAGCAAUCUUUGAGAGACGGCUUCCUUGCUGUGGUUGUGGGAUAGGGUGGUCUUCUUUUCUUGUAGGUUUCGUGUGCCCAUUGAUAUGGUACUUUGCUGCCACUCUUUACUGCUGCAAGUACUACAAUAGGGAUCCUCGAGAGCGCCCUGGUCUUGCUGCCUCAGCUGUUGUGGCACUCAUCUUCACAGUUUUGGCAAUCAUCGCUCUCUCUGUGACGCUGAUAAUCUGUGCACACAAGUAACAUCCAGAGCAGGGAAACAUGAUGGUUGGACCCGUUAUUGGUAGCUCAGGCACUCAGAAGGAACUUGUAUUUUAUGUGGUAGCAAGUUCUUGAUCGAAACACAGCUACCGUCACAUGUGGUUCCUCUGUUUUCGGUUGACCUAUUGGCUGCCGUUGUUAAUCAAUAAGGAAUUGAGGAUGUUAAUUGCUCUUUCGCAAACUCUGCGCCCGGCUUAAUUUUUCUAUGGUCCUAGUUCUUCAA